CCCAGCGGAGAGGCCCCGCUCCGCUCCCCCAGUGCAGCCCCCGCGGAGACGCCCCGCGUGGCCGGGCCUCCCGCCGGGCCCCCGCGUCCUUCCCCCGGGCCCGUGCGCGAGGGGCGGCGCCGGCAUGAGCAGCGCCCGGAACAACCGCGUGAUGGUGGAGGGGGUCGGGGCCCGGGUGGUGCGGGGCCCGGACUGGAAGUGGGGGAAGCAGGACGGCGGCGAGGGCCACGUGGGCACCGUGCGCAGCUUCGAGAGCCCGGAGGAGGUGGUGGUGGUUUGGGACAACGGCACCGCGGCCAAUUACCGCUGCUCCGGGGCCUACGACCUGCGCAUCCUGGACAGCGCGCCCACCGGUAUCAAGCAUGAUGGAACUAUGUGUGAUACUUGUCGACAGCAACCAAUCAUUGGCAUCAGAUGGAAAUGUGCUGAAUGCACAAAUUAUGACUUAUGCACAGUUUGUUACCAUGGGGACAAACAUCACUUGAGGCAUCGUUUUUAUAGAAUAACCACACCAGGAAGUGAAAGGGUGCUGUUAGAGUCUCGUCGUAAAUCAAAGAAAAUUACAGCAAGAGGAAUCUUUGCAGGUGCCAGGGUGGUACGAGGAGUUGAUUGGCAAUGGGAAGAUCAAGAUGGUGGCAAUGGACGUAGGGGGAAGGUAACUGAAAUCCAGGACUGGAGUGCAUCAAGCCCACACAGUGCAGCAUAUGUUUUAUGGGACAAUGGCGCUAAAAAUCUUUACAGAGUUGGCUUCGAGGGCAUGUCUGACCUGAAAUGUGUUCAGGAUGCCAAAGGAGGCUCUUUCUACAGGGACCACUGUCCUGUGCUAGGUGAGCAAAAUGGUAACAGGAAUCCUGGUGGGUUGCAGAUUGGUGAUCUGGUAAACAUUGACCUUGAUUUAGAAAUUGUACAGUCUUUGCAGCAUGGUCAUGGGGGAUGGACUGAUGGCAUGUUUGAGACCUUAACCACCACUGGCACAGUUUGUGGCAUUGAUGAAGAUCAUGACAUAGUAGUACAGUAUCCAAGCGGCAACAGGUGGACAUUUAAUCCAGCUGUUCUCACCAAAGCUAAUGUUGUCCGAAGUGGAGAUGCUGCUCAAGGUGCAGAAGGAGGUACCUCACAGUUUCAAGUGGGUGACCUUGUUCAAGUUUGUUAUGAUUUAGAACGAAUCAAGCUUCUUCAAAGAGGUCAUGGAGAAUGGGCUGAAGCAAUGCUCCCUACUUUAGGUAAAGUUGGCCGGGUCCAACAGAUUUAUUCAGACAGUGAUUUGAAGGUAGAGGUUUGUGGGACCUCUUGGACAUACAAUCCAGCAGCUGUCUCAAAGGUGGCAUCAGCAGGAUCAGCUAUAAGCAAUGCAUCUGGUGAGAGAUUGUCCCAACUUUUGAAGAAACUGUUCGAAACACAAGAAUCUGGGGACCUCAAUGAAGAACUUGUUAAAGCUGCUGCUAAUGGAGAUGUAGCAAAAGUGGAAGAUUUGCUAAAGAGACCGGAUGUGGAUGUGAAUGGGCAGUGUGCUGGACACACAGCUAUGCAAGCAGCCAGUCAGAAUGGACAUGUUGACAUUUUGAAAUUACUUCUGAAACAGAACGUGGAUGUGGAAGCAGAGGACAAAGAUGGAGACAGGGCUGUUCACCACGCAGCUUUUGGAGAUGAAGGUGCUGUGAUAGAGGUUUUGCACAGAGGCAGUGCAGAUUUGAAUGCUCGCAACAAACGCAGACAGACUCCACUUCAUAUUGCUGUUAACAAAGGUCAUUUACAAGUUGUGAAGACUUUACUGGACUUUGGCUGUCAUCCUAGUCUCCAGGAUUCUGAAGGUGAUACUCCACUCCAUGAUGCGAUAAGUAAAAAGCGUGAUGACAUCCUGGCUGUACUGUUAGAAGCUGGGGCUGAUGUUACUAUCACAAACAACAAUGGAUUUAAUGCUCUCCAUCAUGCUGCGCUAAGAGGGAAUCCCAGUGCAAUGCGUGUAUUGCUGUCCAAGCUACCACGGCCAUGGAUUGUGGAUGAGAAGAAGGAUGACGGCUAUACUGCCUUACAUUUGGCAGCACUCAAUAAUCACGUGGAAGUGGCUGAACUCUUGGUGCAUCAGGGCAAUGCUAACCUGGAUAUCCAGAAUGUAAACCAGCAAACUGCAUUGCACCUUGCCGUUGAACGACAGCACACACAAAUAGUUAGGCUCUUAGUCCGUGCAGGUGCUAAACUGGAUAUUCAGGAUAAAGAUGGGGAUACUCCUCUACAUGAAGCCUUGAGGCAUCAUACUUUGUCACAGCUUCGCCAGCUCCAAGACAUGCAAGAUGUGGGCAAAGUAGAUACUGCUUGGGAGCCAUCAAAGAACACAUUAAUAAUGGGACUUGGUACCCAGGGAGCAGAGAAGAAGAGUGCAGCAUCUAUUGCCUGCUUUCUGGCAGCAAACGGAGCUGACCUCAGUAUUCGUAAUAAGAAGGGUCAGUCUCCUCUUGACCUCUGCCCUGAUCCUAGUCUCUGCAAAGCAUUGGCUAAAUGUCACAAAGAAAAAGUCAGUGGACAGGUUGGCUCUCGAAGUCCUUCUAUGAUCAGCAAUGACUCAGAAACUUUAGAAGAAUGUAUGGUGUGUUCAGACAUGAAGAGAGAUACGUUAUUUGGCCCAUGUGGACAUAUUGCUACCUGUUCCCUCUGCUCACCACGGGUCAAGAAAUGUCUCAUCUGUAAAGAGCAAGUUCAAUCCAGAACAAAGAUUGAAGAAUGCGUGGUGUGUUCAGACAAGAAAGCAGCAGUACUCUUCCAGCCUUGUGGUCACAUGUGUGCUUGUGAGAACUGUGCAAGCCUGAUGAAGAAGUGUGUGCAGUGCCGGGCAGUGGUUGAGCGGAGAGUGCCUUUCAUUUUGUGUUGCGGAGGGAAAGGUACAGAAGAUACCACUGAUGACAUUUCAAGUGGAAACAUUCCAGUUUUACAGAAAGACAAGGACAACACCAAUGUCAAUGCAGAUGUACAGAAGCUGCAGCAGCAGUUACAAGACAUAAAGGAACAGCAGACCAUGUGCCCUGUUUGUUUGGAUCGUCUGAAGAAUAUGAUCUUUCUCUGUGGCCAUGGAACAUGUCAGCUUUGUGGAGACCGAAUGAGUGAAUGCCCUAUAUGCCGCAAGGCUAUAGAACGAAGAAUCCUUUUGUAUUAAUAAAACAAGUGUCUUCUGUUAGCUUAUCAAAUUGUCAGUACAUUUUGGUCAUCAGAUCUCUUAAGUUUGAAAGGCAAUUGAAGGUUCUAAUGAAAACAUUUCUAAUACUGCAGUGCCUAUGUGCUACAUUGUAAUUGCUUAAAGACUAAACACAUCAGAAAAGAAAACAGUAUUUGAACAGUCAACUUUUAGUUGUACUAUCAAGAGACAGCUAAGAUAAGGCUAAAUUAAUAAAGCAGUCUUUUCCCCUCACCCCCUUAAAGCACCAAGUGUAAAGGGACAAUCAUGACUUUCUGUUUGGUAUCUUUAAAGUUUUUAUAUGUAUGUAUGGACUUUAAUUUCAGCCAUCAAGUGAUGUAGAUUUUGUACUGCCAGUUGCUUUCAAAUAUUUAUUUUUUUUAGCCCAAGUUUGACACCCCUUCAGCAUAUGCUCAAUUGUCAAAUGACAAACUUAUGCCUCAUAGUACUAUUGUCUUGAAAUGCAAAAUCAGUAAUGCAAAAUCAGCACAAUAUAUCCAAGUAGUAUUCAGUACCAUACAGUUCCUAUAAGAUGACAUCAAAAUAUAACCAUAUGGAUAACUGACUGUAAUGUGCCCUCAGUGUGGAUUUAGAGGAGAAUGUCAGUGGAAAGAAACACAAAUUUGCUUUGGGAAUGUUAUGCCCCCAAAACUGUACUUCAGUCUGACAGGGUCAAAUUAAACUAAAUAAGGAACUUCUUAAUCCUGUUGACGAAAACACUAAUAUAUAGAAUUAUGAGAGGAGAGUGCUGAUUAUUUUUCAAAUACCUUGUAAAGAAAAACAAAGUGUAGAUGAGUUAUCAAUUUCACACCUAAAGAGUGUAGUUCAUUAUAAUCUUUGAGGAACAAGUGUAUAACCAGAGAGUAGGGAAAUUAUGGGUCUCGUGAUCUAAGGAAACUGGGUGGUAUAUUUUUCCUUUGAAUUUUGUAGAAAUCAGCUGUUCUUUAAAUCAUCUUUUCUGUUGCAGACUGUGCAUUUCUUACAUAAAUCAGUGUGGUGUUCUAUUAAGCCAGUCUUACAGAAGAAUUAGCUGUAGGGAAACUGUAGCAACAGCAAAGGAGGUAAACUAUAUAUUGCCCAUUCAUCUCAAUGGGGUAUUAAUUUCAGAGCCCAGCAGAGACCAUUUAGUAGCUAAUAUUAAGCAAGACAGUGGUGAUAAGUCUGGGGGUUUCCUGACACAUGGAUAGGCAACUUGAAACUGGUUGUCGGAGUUAGCUAGGAUUUGUAUUGCACUUAUAGAUGGCUCUUUGACUACUACCAGCAGCUCUAAAACAUGAGUAAGAGCACAAUCCAAAUGUUCUUCAGGCUUUGGUGGUGGGACCGUAGUCAGGAUUUCAGGAAAGGAGUUAAAUUCGAAGCUCUUACAGCCAAAUGAUGAUGGCAUAUAAAAGCCAUUCAGCAAUUACCUGAAUUACUGAUUGAAUAGAAUAUGAAAUCAGUGCUUGCUUAGUCCUGAUUUAGACAAUUUCUUUCAAGGAUUGUGAAAUAUACAGUGGAUUCAGUUAGGUGCCUUACUUGCAGCUAACACUAGUCUCCUUCAUUUAACUCCUGU